AUGGCGCAUUUUGGUUCAACACCCGAGCCUACGAAGACUGAUGAGUAUGGGAACCCGGUUCAUCACACCACCACCGGAACCGGUCGGAAAGACGAGUUCGGGAACCCAGUUCAGCACGGUGUGGCGGAUACCGGGUACGGAACUGGUGCAGGGUACGGCACUCAUACAAAACCUGGUGUUGUUGAGCAUCACGGCGUCCCUGCUGUGCUUCAUUCCAAGGAUGACCAGUACUCUCGUGACACCCAGACAACCACUGGAGGUUACGGUGGGGACGGGUGCACAGGAGGAGAGCACCAGGAGAAGAAGGGUUUACUAGGCCAACUCCAGGACAAGCUGCCAGGUGGGAACAAGGAUGGCCAGUACCCUCAUGACACCCAGACAACCACUGGAGCUUACGGUGGGGCCGGCUACACAGGAGGAGAGCACCAGGAGAAGAAGGGUAUAAUAGGCCAAGUCAAGGACAAGCUGCCAGGUGGGCAAAAGGAUGACCAGUAUUGUCGUGACACCCACCCAACCACUGGAGCUUACGGUGGGGCCGGCUACACAGGAGGAGAGCACCAGGAGAAGAAGGGUGUAAUAGGCCAAGUUAAGGACAAGCUGCCAGGUGGGCAAAAGGAUGACCAGUACUGUCGUGACACCCACCCAACCACUGGAGCUUACGGUGGGACCGGCUACACAGGAGGAGAGCACCAGGAGAAGAAGGGUAUAAUAGGCCAAGCGAAGGACAAGCUGCCAGGUGGGCAGAAGGAUGACCAUUACUCUCAUGACACCCACCCAACCACUGGAGCUUACGGUGGGGCUGGCUACACAGGAGGUGAGCACCAGGAGAAGAAGGGUAUAAUAGGCCAAGUGAAGGACAAGCUGCCAGGUGGGCAAAGGGAUGAUCAGUACUCUCAUGACACCCACAAAACUACUGGAGCUUACGGUGGGGCCGGGUACACAGGAGAUGAUACCCGGGAGAAGAAGGGUGUAAUAGGUCAAGUUAAGGACAAGCUGCCAGGUGGGCAAAGGGAUGACCAUUACUCUCAUGACACCCACCCAACCACUGGAGCUUACGGUGGGGCUGGGCACACAGGAGAUGAUACCCGGGAGAAGAAGGGUGUAAUAGGCCAAGUUAAGGAGAAGCUGCCAGGUGGGCAAAAUGUGCACCCAACCACUGGACCUUACGGUGGGGGUGGGGCCGCGGGCACAGUAGAGACCCGGGAGAAGAAGGGUGUAGCGGAGAAAGUGAAGGAGAAGCUGCCAGGUGGACAUAAGGAUGACCAGUACUCUCAUGACACCCACCCAACCAAGCCAACCAGUGCAGCUCACGGUGGGGUCGGAGAGCCCCAGCUCCAUGAGAAGAAGGGCUUGAUUGAGAAAAUCAAAGACAAGCUUCCUGGUCACAACAACUAG